AAUGGGACGACCACGUCUGAGGGUAAAGUUCAGGCUAUUGAGUUUACCGUACGAGCGUCAUGGCUGACAGUGGACACAGAGACUGCGGUUUUGUGAACGACAGUUUUCUGACCAAAAAGUCGACGUCUGAAGUGAUACCGAAUCACUAUGACGAACAACGUGCUAACGGACGUCCUCACGGACAAGUGAGAUUUUCUUGUCCCACCUGGCGUCAACAGGUAAAAGUGAAAGGCGUUUCCGGUUUACCUGUGGGGGGCGUGUGUACACCUAAUGACGGAAUGUUGGCGGAACAAAACCACCGGUGGGCCGGUAACAGGAAUCACGACGGACAGGUAGAAGAUUGUUAUCUCACCUGCCGACAAAAGAUUGGUCAGAAAGGUGAUACGAGCCCACCUGAGGAAGGUGUGCCUGUAGCCAUAACGAACGGUGAGUGGCGCUAUUGUUCAGUACCAGGAAAAACCGGAAGUCAACCCUCAAGGCUACUGUAUAGAGAGUGCGGCGAGACUGUGGUCGGAGAAGGUAUAAACAGUGUCCAUAAUAACCGCACCUGUGGCACACCUGUAGACGUCUUAGAAGACAAGCAGGGAGAAGAUUAUCGGACUCCUCAGAAGAUGGUGGAAAGGAUCUUAAAGAGACUGAACGCCUUGGAGGAAAGUAAACGCCUUGCGGAAAGCGAGAGGACGGAAAUGGAGGAACAAAUCUUUAAGCAGAAGGAAGAAGCUAUAAAGAAAGUCGAAGAAAGUGCCAAGACGCUGACAGAACAGGUGAGGCUUGUCUUUGAAAGGUGGGAGCAAGACGUCAAGAAUGAGAUGGAAGACUUGACGUUACAGCUACAGAAAUUCCAUGGCAACGGAAGACAAAACUCUGACGUUAUGGAAUCUAAACUUCACCUAAAUUUGCAACGUCACACACCCAAACAACCCACUAUAAAUUUUGUACCAAGUGAUUUUGAAGGGUCUGUUUUCACACUCGGACGGAUUGAGGUCAAAGAAGACAGAGACGUCUGCUCCCCACGACAAGACGUUCUCUCAACGCCUUCAAGAACGUUCACGUCUUGGAAGUCUCGUUUUGGGACCAGCGGGACAAAAAAGGGACAGUUUUCAGAACCGCUGUGUGUUACCACCGCUUCAGAUCAGGUCUACGUCAUCGACCGAGCGGGCGGCGGGCGAGUCCAAGUCUUCACGUUCAAGGGGGAGCAGAUCAGCGAAUUUAUGCUUAACUUUGGGGACAACCUGAACAUAAACGGUUGCGGGUUGUUUUCUGACGGAAGGCAUGUUACGUUUGUGGGCAGUUUUUACAAAGGAGUUAUAGGCGUGGACACGACUUAUACAAACGUGUUUUUGAAAUACACCAAAGAAGGGCGGCUGAUUGCGAGAAGAACUCUGACUGUCGGCUCGGGCCGGGAUCCGGUUAUAGACGCUUCGGGAUUUCAGGACGGCAGGAUUGCAGCAGCUCUGACUGGGAAGGUCUGUAUACUAGCUACGAGCGGUGACACCCAGUCCGAGUUCGACACGACUGUACAGACCUACAAGCGUGUGUGUGUGGAUCAUAGGAACAACAACAUCCUACUGUCUCUUCACAAAACUGUACAGAUAUACGACGAGCGUGGUCGGAGACUUCAGGAGCUGAGUUUAGAGCCGGGGUUUGGGAGAGCCCCACUGAACGGGCCUCACGGUCUCUGUGUGGACGGGCAGGGAAACAUCAUCGUGGCUGACUGGAGUAACAGCCGGGUUCAGAUGUUCAACAGGGAGGGAGGAUUUGUACAGACCAUAGCAGGGGAAGAGGACGGGUUGGUGUGUCCCUGGGACGUGUCUGUACCACGGAAAGGAUGUGUUGUUGCCAUAGACUGGAGAGAACACUGUGUCUUUCUUUUUCGGUACUGAAAACUCCAGGACACAAAUGAAAUGUUAAGUGCUAGAUUUCAGAAGAAUAUCAACCUCACCUGGUUGUUCGACUAAAGGACAGAGUGUUAAUAGCACCGACGAAAAAUAUAAACACGAGUGCAUUAUGCAUAUGUUUUUAAGGUUUCUAUUGUCUAGCUUAAGAUGCAUUCAUGAGUCUUUAUUGCUUCAGAUUACUUUGAAAGUAACGUCAGAAAGUUGAGUUAUUAACAGUUGCUUUCUCACCUUUUUAUAUACUUAGGAAAUCAUUGUUAAGAAGAUGUGUAAUAAAUGACCGGCGUCUGACUACAAAUGACGAUACCGUGGGCACGUGUACAUGUAGAUGUAUACAAACUAAUUAAUAGUAAUCAAAAUUUAGAUUUAUGAUACUUGUUAUUCUUUUCAAACUCGUCCAAACUGUUCAUAACUUGUAUAGCAUAAAAUGUACAAGACUUCCUACCGGUUCACUCAACUUGUAUGGUUGUCCAUUCCCUAUCACUUAAUAGACUUAAGAAAUUGAAUACAUUACAAAAUUGUGCCGCUACCUACAUGUAAAAGGUCAUAAAAUCAGUCAGACG